AUGCCGACUACGAAGCUGCCAUCGGGCGAUGAGUCGCCGGCACCGUGCACCGACAGUGACGUCGGUCGGCUGCCGAAAGCCGAAUCGUCGCGCGCCACCAGCGGAGCCGAACUCGGUCGGCCAUCUGCAGCAAACGAAGCGGCCAGGCAAGUAGCCGCGCUGGAGGAAGCCAUGCGGGCCCUCAGCGUUGACGCGAAGGCCGGCACCAUGGAGGACGACAUGGUGCCGGUAAAAUUGGAAAUGCUGGAAGGCUUCUACCGCGAGGGGUGCGCCGCCCUCUCGCGGAUAGAAGCGAAAUCGGGAACCUCGCAACGGCGAGGCCCGUUCAGCGACGCAUACGCCACCGCACGGGUGGCGUUGGGCCGCCUGCGCAAGGUGGAAGGGGCGUCCAUCUCCGUGAUGGACACCACCAUUGCCGCAGCCACUCCCCGGCAGGAGCAUCUGCCGAGGAUUGACUUGCCAAAGUUUGGAGGCGAACCCUCCGAGUGGCCUGCCUUUGCCUCUCGGUUCGAGAAGCGGCUGAGCGGAUGGCCGGAGGACGCGACUCGUUACGCGUACCUCCUACAAUGCUUUGACGGCUUCGCCCCUGCGCGACAGAGCGCCGAGGCCUUUGAAAGUGUGGGCAUGCCGUUCGCCGACGCGUGGGCACGGCUCCAGGAGCGUUUCUACAAGAAACGCGUGGCGUUCCUGGGGCACUGUCGUGCCAUCCUCGAAGCGCCACGGCUAUCGAGUGCGUCCCCGAACGGGCUUAUGCGCCUGAUAGAUACGGUGGAGACGGCCAUCACGUCGGCCAGACGGAUCGCUGGCGCGACCGAUAAGGCGGCAUCGCCGAUCGAGGACGGGCUGAUCGUGAGCAUCGUGCUCUCUAAGUUGGACGAGGACAGCCUGUCCAGAGUCGCCCGCCGGGCCGACCAGCAAGCUAUUCCUACGUGGAAAGAGCUUCGCGAAGAGCUGGACAAGAUGGCGAACCAGCUCUAUUACGAGCCACGUCGAGCGCGCGAGUCGGGCUCCCGUGCCACCGGCCCCAAGACGACCCACACUCCUGCCACGCCGCGGAAAACAGCCUUCGUGGCUGUUACUCCCAGCGCGCCGCCCAAGACCCCGGCCAAGCCCGCGCCGUCACCAGCUCCACGCGGGAGCGGGGACGCCAAGGCGCGGCGAAUGUGCUACGCUUGUGACCGCACGGGUCACGAGAGCAACUUGUGUCCGGAGUUGCGAGCGCGCUCCGCUCUGGAGUGCGUGACGUUCAUAAUGGAGAGGGGCAAAUGCGUCAACUGCUUCUCCCGUGCACACAAGGCAGCGGACUGCCCCUCGGAGAAAAGCUACCGUGCAUCCUGCGCCAGUGCGCUCCGCUCCAGUACCACCUGUUCCCGUACACCACAAAGCGCCGCUACCCUGUUAGCAACCGUGGUGGUGCAGGUGUUAGGCCCCAACGGAGGGUGGCAUCGAUUGCGAUGCAUACUGGAUUCGGGCAGCCAAAUCGACGCCAUCACGAGCAACGCAGCAACGCGGCUGCGAAUGCAGCUACACUCGUCUAAGCUGAAGCUGGACGGUGUAUCUGGGCCACUUAUGGUUACGCGGGAAUGCGGCACAACCAUAAGGAGCCUAAGUGGAAGUCGCAGCUACCCGGUGAAGUUCUUCGUGAUCCCGGACCUGCCCAAUCUUCCCCACCAGACGAUCGCCCUGAGCGACAUGGACGUGCCUUCGGAGUUGUCCUACGCUGACGACCGCUUCAACGUAGCCGGCCCAAUUGACGCGAUAUUGGGAGCCGGUGUGUACUUCGCCUCGCUUGCCCCCGGCUUAAAGCGAAACGAUCGAGGGCUUACCAUCCAGAACUCCGUGUUCGGAUGGUUAGUCGGCGGCAUACUCCAGGCCGAUGUGGCCGAUGACGUGAGGUCCCAUCAAUGCGGAGUGGUCACGGUGGAAGACGACCUGAGGCUAAGCAUCGAGAGGUUCUGGCAGGUGGAGGACGCGUCUCUGCCCCAAGCAGCGAUUUCAACGGAAAUCUCCUCACCGGACCUCGAGGCCUUCUUCAAAGAAACGACGUCGUUGGCACCGGACGGCCGAUACGUCGUCCGAAUUCCCCUACGGGGGGAGCUAGGGCAAUUGGGCGACUCCUACCAGCAUGGGGUUAGGCGCCUACUAGCCCUAGAGCGCAAGUUGGAGCGCCAUUCUCAGACGUAUGACGACUAUCGGACAUUCAUGCGUGAGUACGUGGAUCUCGGACACAUGAUGCCGAUAACCCCGAACGACGCCGACCGGGUAAUCUACGUGAUACCCCACUCGUGCGUCAUUAAGCCUGAGUCGUCGAGCACGAAACUACGUGUAGUGUUCGACGCCAGUGCUAAGUCGUCCACGGGGGUGUCGCUCAACGACCUGCAGGUCGUUGGGCCAGUCCUGCAGCCGGAUCUGCUGCGCAUCUGGCUCGACUUCCGGGUACAUACGGUGGUGGCAACGGCCGACAUCGCGAAGAUGUAUCGCCAGGUGUGGGUGUCUGACGAAGACACUUGGAUGCAGUGUAUCCUGUGGCGCGAGUGCAAGGACGACCCCAUCCAGACGUAUCGACUACGAACCGUAACGUACGGCGAGGCCGCGUCCUCGUACUUAGCCUGCAGAGCGCUGCUAGAGGCCGGGCACGAGGCGCGCGCUGGAAACCCGCAGGUCGCAGACGCAAUCCAGCGAGGGUUCUACGUGGACAACCUGUCGCUGGGCGCCUCCACCCCCGACGAGCUACGUGCUCUGUGCUCGGGAGUGGAGCAGGCGCUACUUCGCCGCGGUAUGCCGCUGCGGAAGUGGGCGUCCAACGAUUCAGAGAUACUGCGACACGUACCGCAGGAUCAUCGGGAGGCUCCUGUUAAGAUCGGCGACCGCGAGGCAGUGCGCAUGCUCGGACUGUCGUGGUGCCCAACUGAUGACACGUUCCAGUUGGUCAUACACGAGGACGUACUCCAGUUCGCCGAGCAAUUAACGAAGCGCGGCCUCAUCGCCAAAAUAUCCAAGCUGUAUGAUCCGGUCGGAAUUCUGCAGCCGGUGAUCAUCACUGCGAAAGUGAUGAUGCAAGAUCUCUGGCGAGAAGAUCUUGCAUGGGACGACUACGUGUCACCCGUAACGAUCCAAGAGUGGAACAAGUUCACGUCACAACUUCCACUUUUGAGAAAGCUGCACAUCCCACGAAUGGCGUCGCCCAGCGGACCAACGACGCUGCGUGUCGACGGCUUCUGCGAUGCAUCCGUGAAGGCCUACGGCUGCGUGAUCUACGUGACCUUCGAGGACGAUCAGGGCCAUCGGAUAACGCGCCUGCUGUGUUCCAAGUCCAGGGUGGCCCCCCUCAAGGCAAUGACGUUGCCACGACUAGAGCUGCAAGCGGCAGUUUUGCUAGCCGAUCUCUACGUGAGAAUCAAGGACGUCUUCGGCUCCCGUGUCAACGAAACACAUUGGUGGUCCGACUCGCAGGUAGCACUAACCUGGAUCCGUUCGGACAACUCUCGGUGGGACGUCUUCGUGAAGAACCGAGUUGCCAAAGUCCAGACGGCUACCGCGACCACCGACUGGCAUUACGUGCCUACCAAGCUCAACCCGGCCGAUAUCGUUUCCCGAGGGAUCUCGGCUGUGCACCUUGAGGUGGUGGAAGACCAAUCCACGCAAGCCUUCAUCUCCGGCCUCAUGCGCUUCGUGUCACUGCGUGGUAGGCCAAAUGUUAUUUACUGCGACAACGGUCGCAACUUCGUGGGUGCCGCUCGGGAACUGCACCGACUCCGUGACGUUUUCAACGAUGCCCAGUUCCAGCACCACGUCGUCGAACUGGCCGCCGAUGAGGGAAUCUGCUUUUCCUUCAUCCCUCCUCGCAGCCCCAACUUCGGUGGGUUGUGGGAGGCCAACAUCAAGGUGGCUAAGCGACUGCUGAGGGCGGCCUCCCGUGGCGCGCGAUUGAGGCUGAUCGAGAUGCAGACGUUCAUGCACCAGAUCUCAGCGAUCCUUAAUUCGCGGCCGCUCACAGCAAUACGUACAUCGCCCGAGGACGUCGAGGCCCUCACGCCGGCCCACUUCCUCAUCGGGCGUUCUUCCUUCAACACCCCGGCCACGUUGAAGGACGACGAGACGGAGCCCCUCCACACACG